GGUGUUCCCUAUGCACAACUCCGGCCGUUAUAGGCGCUCGGAUUGCGCGUGAAUCUGCUCCGGACCAUUUUGACAGUUCCCUUUUCAAGUAUAUAGAAUGGCCUCGCCAUGGCGACAAUUCUGCAAGACCUUUGGAACUUUUUUUACCUCCAAACAUGGGACACUGGCCUCGUGUUCAUCAAUCUCUUGACGCCCAAAAUCAAGAAGGGAGCGAUGUACAAGGAAGGCCAGCCUGGGUACAACGGUCUCUGGCCCGAGUUCAUCCCUCCUAAUCCCGAGACAGACUCGAGGUCGCCGUGUCCAGGGCUAAAUGCGAUGGCGAACCAUGGGAUUAUUCCUAGAGAUGGAAGGAACAUUCCGCUGCCAUUCCUGGCUGAAGCGCUCGAGAAAACUUGGAAUUUGGGUGCACCAUUUUGCAGAGAUACCUGCAAUUCAGUAAGGAAACUUUACAAGAAGGAUACGCUCGAUCUUAGCGAUCUGGCUAAGCACAAUAUCAUUGAGCAUGAUUCCAGUCUUCUCCGAUCUGACACUUUCUUCGCUCCGGACCAAACCAUACCCGACAAACACCUCAUUGAACGUCUUCUGGAGUCUGCCACUGGUCCUGCUACACCUGAGCACCCCGAAGGGCAAGUCACCCCAAAGGAUCUGGGAAAGGCUCUUUCCUUGCGCUUCGCGGAGUCGAGGCGUGACAACCCUGAAUUUUCGCUCAAAUUCCUUCACGCAUUCUUUGCAUACAGUAACGCAAGCGUGUUCUAUGAAAUAUUGGGUGGGGACGUAAAGACUUUAAGGAUCAUAUUGGAGAAGGAAAGGAUUCCCGAUGGGUAUGAACCGUUCAUGAGGAGUCGGAAGGGUCUUACGAUGAAGAAGCAAUAUUUCCGCGCUGCGCACAUCUGGUUCCACACAAACACAAAGCUCAAGCUCAAGAACAAUGAAAUGGCCAACGAGGCCGAAACUCAAAAUUAAUUCUUGGGCACGUCUGUGUUGUUACGAGUUCUUCCCGUUUUUCAUCGGUCUGUCGACUUGUUUCCUUCAUGAUCUUAUGAAACCCAAUGAC